CCAAAGUCGGCCUCGGGGUUUAGACCAAACCCGGAGGCAUGUGUCUGUGUCUCUAUACUUGGCUUGAUUAUAUACCCGGGGCCGGCAAGAGAGCAAUAGGGAGAGGCAGAGACCUAAACAAUAGCUAGUUCGAAUCUCCUUUCGACAAUAGUUCCGCACACAUCCAGCGCCUCGCGAGCCAACAUAAGAUGCCCUCUCCAACAGGCCAACGCAACCUAUCAACCCCUGUCCUGUUCGCCUCGCACGGGACUCCCCUGGCAUUUUGUGUCGAAAGCGAAUCGACCGACUGGUGGCAAAAGUUCGGCAAGGCUUGUUUAGCCUACGACGUGAAGGGCAUCGUCUACAUAUGCUCGCACUGGACCGAGCUUGACGACCGCAUUCGUGUGGGAACAAAGGCGAAGCCCGAAGUGCUGCAGAUGGAUGUUGUCCCGCGUGAGAAGUGGGAGCACUACCCGAUCAACGUCUCCCCGGCGCUUGGCAGGUCGGUUGUCUCGCUGCUCCGGGGCGCCGGCUUUCUGGACGCCGAGGAGGACCCCGGCGCUGCCUGGCACGACGACAACCUGACUCCGUCUCGUUGGCUGUUCCCCGAAGGCACGCCGCCCGCGACGUCCGUGAGCCUCAACACCCGCUACGAUCCCAUCUUCCACGUCAAGAUCGGCGAGGCGCUUCGCCCGCUGAGGAAAGAGAACGUCCUCGGCAUCGGCUCCGGCUCGAUCGUGCACAACCUCUUCCGAGCUGCCUGGCUGCCGUUUCUCCUAUCCGGAGGCCGCAACACGGCUUUGCCCUCGUACAAGCCGGAGAGGUGGGCGCUGAGCUUCGAGCGUGCCGUGAGGGACACGAUCGAAUUCAACUCGGCAAUGCUCCCCCUUUAUUACUCCCUCCCCUGCCAUGUGCGUGGGAAGAUCAAUGCUUGCUAACGCUACGCGCCACUUCUCAAGGGACCUCGACUCGCCGGCGCCCUGGUUCGGCUGACGGCACACCCGGAUUUCAAGCUCGCGCACCCUUCGAAAGACCAUUUCUGUCCAUUGCUCGUAAUCGCUGGUCUUGUGUCGGACGACGAGGAUGAGGGGACAUACGGUCGUAAGAUGGCCGAGUCGUGGGAUAUGGGGAACGUCUGCUCUUCCCAAUACCUCUGGGGCAGUUGGUCUAAAGAGGAAUAGGAGUGUCCGUCGAGAUAUCUAGGUAGACCUACACGGUCCGUCAACGGCAUUGGGAAAACACCUACGGCUAUUUGGUAGUUAGUCAACUAUGGUGAUUUUUCUGUUGCUCUCUUGACCGG